UCCACCGUGGCAGUGAAUGCCUCAAACGGCUCGCACAACUUGAUGAAGCGAACCGUUAGCGUAAUCAGCAAACGAGGCCCCAAACCAAAAUGCGCCAGAAUGGAAUCACCGCGUGAAAUCGAAGAAAACAGAUCAGACCCCGAAACGGAAGAAUCUGUGGACGAGGAUGAAUUUUCCGACGAUGACGAAGAUUACGUGAAAGGCGUCAAGAAAGGUGACAUCAAACCAAAUUUAAAAAGCGACGGCGGGAACUCGACGAGGAGGACUGUAGCACAAAUCAUGAAAGAUAAAAAACGACAGACCGGUUUAACUUUAAGCUGGUUGGAAGAAAAUUAUUGUAUGUGUGAAGGAGUAUGCCUACCGCGCUGUAUAUUAUAUGCACAUUAUUUAGAUUUCUGUAGAAAAGAGAAACUCGAGCCAGCCUGUGCCGCAACAUUUGGAAAGACAAUCCGACAGAAGUUCCCUCACCUGACGACAAGACGACUGGGCACGAGGGGUCAUUCGAAAUAUCAUUAUUAUGGAAUUGGAAUAAAGGAAACCAGUGCCUAUUAUCAUUCAGUUUACAGCGGCAAGGGACUAACAAGGUUUUCAGGAGCGAGACUAAAGAAUGAGGGCGGUUUUAGUAGGAAGUACUCACUCAGCUCAAAGACUGGCACGCUCCUACCAGAGUUUCCAAGUGCACAACUCCUCGUUUUGCCGCUUUCAAUAUUGCGAGAUAAGGUUGAGACAUUACUUAUGAUGUACAAGACACACUGUCAGUGUAUUUUGGACACAAUUAUCAACUCUAAUUUUGAAGAGAUCCAGAACUUCCUUCUUCACUUCUGGCAAGGUAUGCCCGAACAUUUACUACCGCUACUCAGCCAGCAAGUUCUCGUCGACAUGAUAUGCAUAUGUGACUCCAUUUUAUAUAAAACGACCAUAGAAGUGCUCAUACCAGCAACUAUGCAAGAAAUGCCAGAAAGUUUGCUGGCAGAUAUUCGCAACUUCGCUAAGCACUGGGAACACUGGGUGACGGCCUCGCUGGGGAAUUUACCGGACGAACUGGCGAAAGGCAAGAUUCCGAUUGCCAGACAAUUCGUACAGGCGUUGAAAAGACAAACGUCCUUUCUACACUUAACCCAGACUUCGAGACCAGUUUUAUUCGACCAACAGUUGGUAGAUCAAAUGAUUGACGACCUGGACAAAGUAGAUCUUCAGAGCAUUGGCACACAAGCACUGAUAUCGAACGCCAGCGACAGCGACCAAGAUAAUGAUCUUAACACGGAACGUAAGUCCGUUUCAGUCUUGAAGGAAUUCAAAGAAUUACUUAAGAAGCAGGCGACAGUGGAAGCGUUUACAGAAUGGCUGGACCAGGUUGUUGAAAGCAGAGUUAUUAAGCCAAGUAAACAGAAUGGAAGAUCAAUGAAAAAACGAGCCCAGGAUUUCUUACUGAAAUGGUCUUUCUUUGGUGCCAGAGUUAUGCAUGCCCUGACACUGAAUAAUGCCCAAAGUUUUGGAUCUUUUCAUCUGAUCCGAAUGUUAUUGGACGAGUACAUCCUGCUUGCCGUUGAAUCACAGUUCAAUAAUGAAAAAGACAACGAGUUGCAAAAUAUAUUAGAAAAACAUAUCAAGAUGUCUGAUCCAACUAAAAACCGAGCUGCCUUCAAUGACUCUCAGCGUCCUCUAUCAGCCCAACCGGGCACGUGUUUUGUUGCCAACCGAACGGCAAGUAUCAGCUUGCCAAGACAGACAAUGACCAAUCAACAGAUGUCAUCAUCAUCAUCGUCUUCAGUAAACGUGAAGACUUAAUAGAACUGUCACAUCAACCGCAGUAUUUGCCUCCUCACCAGCUGACUUUUUCAGAACGUGAACCACCUUUUGCGAUUCCGUAUGUGCACAACCAAAGCUAUCAAACAAACACUAGUGGACGCCCUAAUAUGUUAACCCCGCCCAUAUCGCCUAUUGUUCAUGUGAAUUCAAUCAGAAAUCCCGUACUGAAUCAGCGACAUCCGACAAUCCCUCUUCUGACCACGGGCAGCAACACAUCAACACUGGUAGCGACACCAUCACACCAUCCGUCAGCUUACCCAUACAUCCAAUCACAGCCCGCCGAACCGUACUCGUCGUCAUAUCCGUCAUACCAAAAUGCAACUUACUCUACUGGACCAAUCCGACCACACCCAACAUAUUCAGCAAAUGCGUUACCAUAUCAUAUCAAGGAUUCAGACACCCCGUACCCGCCAUACGGGGAAGUUCAGUACCGAGAUGAAAACUAUUACAGUGCUGGUAGCUGUGCUUAUCCACUGUCUCAUUCACCGGAUGUCAUAUCUAGUCAGAGUACAGCGGGGAGCGCAUUCAACAUAGUUCCUAAUUAUACUACUGCGACAAAUGGCUAUCAAACAACACAGCCUGGUUACUACACCUACCAACCCAACAAACCAGAACAUGUCGAACACGUAUCAGUUAUCAGCAGUACUCAGCAUGCUUUGGGGAACCGUACCGAUCCUACGCACUACAAUGAAACGACAGACCCUUUACAUUUACUGGAUCGACCAAUCAGGCGUACACCACCAAAAGAUGCUGGACCAGCUUUGUAUGGUGGCAGAACACCAGUAUGUAAUAGUCCUGCAGGACAACACCAGACAGUUUCAGCGAAGAUUCCUUAGCGGUCGUCAUAACGAUGGUAAUCUUGGCACUGAUGAACUCAUCAAUAUGGGAUUAAGCAGUAUAUUUAAUCCAGAUGGAGACUUGGAAGGAAUCCAGUCGACCAAUCACCAGCACGUUCAAAAUGACCCUGCAUCAUCUCUGCCACCAAUCACUGCAGUCUUUUUGAGUUAAAACUAUCAUUUUAUACACUUUCUCAGUUCUUUGAUGACACCAUAUUUGAGAAUCAACUAAAAGACCACCUUGAGAUUUCAGUUGCA